AUGGCGCAACGAAAUUUCUCGCCGUUGACGAUUGUCCUCGGCUGCGUCUACUUCUUUUCAGUUCACGUCUUUGCUGCUCCCGCAGCUCUUGGCGUCGACCUAGGUACUGAAUACAUCAAAGCUGCCCUGGUCAAGCCCGGCAUUCCUCUCGAUAUCGUCCUCACCAAGGACUCGCGUCGCAAGGAAAUCUCCGCCGUCACCUUUAAGCCUCUUUCGAGCGGCCCCAAGUCCGGGUCUUACCCCGAGAGAUUAUAUGGAUCCGAUGCCAUCGCCCUCGCGGCCAGAUUCCCCCACGAUGUCUACCCUAACCUGAAGACCAUCCUUGGUCUCUCCACCGACCACCCGAUCGUUCAGGAAUACGCCGCCCGACACCCCGCACUGCAGCUCGAGAAGAACAAAGAGCUUGGUACGGCCGCGUUCAAGAGCAAGGCUUUCACCGAGGAGGAAGAGGCCUGGCUUGUUGAGGAGCUGCUGGCCAUGGAGCUCCAGAGCAUCCAGAAGAACGCCGAAGUUGCUGCCGGAGAUUCAUCGUCCAUCCGCUCCAUUGUUCUUACUGUUCCUCCUUACUUCACCGCCGAAGAGAAGCGUGCUCUCCAAACAGCCGCUGACCUGGCGGGCCUCAAGGUUCUCAGUCUCAUCAGCGACGGUCUCGCUGUUGGUCUCAACUAUGCCACUUCUCGCCAGUUCCCCAACAUCAACGAGGGUGGAAAGCCAGAGUACCAUCUUGUCUUUGACAUGGGUGCCGGCUCCACCAAGGCUACCGUCAUGAAGUUCCAGAGCCGCCUUGUUAAAGACAUUGGCAAGUUCAACAAGACAGUCCAAGAAGUUGCCGUUAUUGGCACUGGCUGGGAUAGGACUUUGGGCGGUGACGCCCUCAACUCUCUCAUUAUCGAUGAUAUGGUCACCCAGUUCGUUGAGUCCAAGGGCGCACAGAAGAUCUCUGCCCAGUCCGAGAAGGUCAAGGCCCAUGGGCGUGCUAUUGCGAAGUUGACCAAGGAGGCGGAGCGCGUGCGCCACAUCCUCAGCGCCAACACCAACACUGGCGCCAGCUUUGAGGGCCUCUACGAGGAUGUCGAUUUCAAGUACAAGAUCAGCCGUGCUGAGUUCGAAAAGAUGGCCGAGGGCCACGCCUCCCGCGUCGAAGCGGUCGUUCAGAACGCCCUCAAGAUGGCUGGCCUGGAACUCUCCGACCUGACCUCCGUCAUUCUUCACGGUGGUGCGUCUCGCACCCCCUUCGUCCAGAAGCAGUUGGAGUCUGUUGUUGGUUCUGCCGACAAGAUUCGCACCAACGUCAACUCGGAUGAGGCCGCCGUCUUCGGUGCCGGCUUCCGUGCCGCUGAGUUGAGCCCUAGCUUCCGUGUCAAGGAGAUCCGCAUCUCUGAGGGCGCAAACUUCCCCUCCGGCAUGAAAUGGACCAACAACAAGAACAAGCUCCAGCACCAGCGUCUGUGGUCAGCCAUCUCUCCCCAGGGAGGUGUUGCGAAGGAUGUUACCUUCACCAACCACGACGACUUCUCUGUCACCUUCUACCAACAAAUUGACUCUGCUGAGCAGGAUACUAAGAUCCUGACUACCAAGAACCUCACUGCCUCCGUCGCGCAGCUGAAGGAGAAGUAUUCUUGUGUUGACAGCGAUAUCCACUUCAAGGUUGGUGUCAAGCUUAGCGGCGAGAACGGCGAGGUCGAAGUUACCAAGGCUACUGUUGAGUGUGAGGCGGAUGCCCCCGAGAAGGAGGGCUUCGUUGACGGCGUCAAGAACCUGUUUGGCUUCGGCAAGAAGGAUCAGAAGCCGCUGGACGGUGAGGAGGGUGAAUCUUCGUCCGCCUCUACUGAGUCUUCCUCAACUACCACGCCAUCAACCGAGAGCAAGACUUCCUCUGCCUCGGCUUCUGCCAGCCCUAGUGACGCUAGCGCCGAUGACAAGGAGGCCCCCAAGAAGGAGCUUGUCGUUAUUGACGUUGACUUCACACUUGAGAAGACUGGCCGUCCCGAGCUCUCUCGCGAUGAGCUGAUCAAGUCUAAGGACCGCCUCAAGGCGUUUGAGGCUUCUGACAGGGCCCGCCGCCUUAGAGAAGAGGCUCUCAACCAGCUCGAGGCUUUUACCUACAAGGUCCGCGAUCUCCUUGAGAGCGAGUCUUUCAUUGCCUUUUCUACCGAAAAGGAGCGCACCACCCUAGAGAAGAAGAACAGCGAGGCAAGCGACUGGCUCUACGAAGACGGCGCUGACGCCUCCCGAGAGGAACUCAAGAAGAGAUACAAGGAGCUCCACGACCCUGUCUCCAAGAUCCAGAAGCGGGUGGAGGAGGCCGAGAAGCGUCCCGAGCUGAUCAAGGGCCUUAAGGACGCAUUGAACUCUACGCAAUCUUUCGUCGGCAACAUCAAGAAGCAGAUUGAAGAGUACGACGCGUGGCACGCGUCAGCCUCUGCCUCUGCUAGUGAGUCACCUAGCACCUCCACGGAGACGCCGUCAGCCACGCCCUCCGGCGACUUUGACGGCCUCGAGGAUGACGAGGCCUCCGCCGGCGACAAGGAGCGCAAGAUGGAGGACGUCGUCAAGGAGCGCGGCCCCGUCCCGCCUCUGUACAAAUUGGAGGACCUCGAUGUCGUCGAGGGACUGUACGAGGACACGUUGAAGUGGCUCAAGGAGGCGGAGAAGAAGCAGGAGGCCCUGGCCGCGACCGCAGACCCUGUCCUUCUCGUCAAGGACCUGCAGGCCAAGCGCGACAAGCUUGACAAGGCCGGUAUGGACCUCGCCAUGAAGGGCGUCAAGCACUUCGAGAAGAAGUCGAAGAAGGCGACCAAGAGCGCCAAGGCCAAGAAGACCAAGUCCGCCUCUUCAUCGACUACCAACACGGCUUCUGCCUCGUCCGAGUCGGGCAAGAAGCCCACCACCACCAUCCCGCUCAAGAGCUCGACCGCCGAGCCGGAGCCUGCCGCCGGCCGGACCGUCGAGAUUCCGGGUGGUGGCAGUUACGUCCAGUUUGGUGGCAGUGGAGACACGCCAACCGAGGAGGAGCUGGAGGAGAUUUUGAAGAAGUUUGAGCAGCACAAGGCCCCGGGCCAGGAGCAGGAGGAUGCGCCUGAGCACGAUGAGCUCUAA